UCAUCAAGAUUCUCUCGGACCCUUUCUCUCUCUGAGACCACCACAAUUCGAUCAACAACAAAAAAAAAAAAAAAAAAAAAAAAAGAUGAAUUGCCUACAAGACGAAUGGCCUGAGCCAGUGGUCCGAGUUCAGUCCUUAUCAGAAAGUGGUCAAUCCACCAUACCCGACCGCUACAUCAAACCGCUAGCCCAGCGGCCUGCGAUCGAUUUCAUUAACAACGACGGCGGAGGCGGCGGCGAGGACAUGAACAUCCCGCUCAUCGAUUUAGAACCCUUGAAUGGAGACGACGCGAUCCUCAAAACGCGCGUUUUGGAGAGUAUAUCGGAGGCAUGUAAAGAGUGGGGUUUCUUUCAAGUAAUAAACCACGGGGUCCGACCGGAAUUAAUGGACCAAACACAACAUGUCUGGCGCAGCUUCUUUCAUCUAUCUAUGGAGGAAAAGGAAGCCCAUUCCAACUCACCUAAAACCUACGAGGGUUAUGGGAGUCGACUCGGAGUUCAGAAAGGCGCCAUUCUUGAUUGGGGAGAUUAUUAUUUUCUUCAUUGUCUUCCUCUUAGGUUAAAGGAUUACAACAAGUGGCCAUCCUCGCCCCCUUCUUUUAGGGAAGUGCUGGAUGAGUAUUCAGAAGGGGUUAUGAAGUUGUGCAGUAAUUUGCUUAGGUUUAUGUCGACAAACCUAGGAUUGAGACAAGACUAUCUCCAAAAUGCUUUUGGUGGUCACGACAUUGGUUCUUGUCUUCGUGCGAAUUUCUACCCAAAAUGUCCUCAACCGGAGCUAACCCUAGGUCUGUCAUCUCAUUCGGAUCCUGGAGGCUUGACCCUACUCCUACCCGAUCAACAUGUCGCCGGGCUGCAAGUCCGAAAGGACGGGAAAUGGCUAACUGUGAAACCGGCUAGUCAUGCUUUUAUAGUCAACAUCGGGGAUCAAGUUGAGGUUAUGAGCAAUGGAAUUUACAAGAGCGUAGAACACAGGGUGAUAACUAACUCGAACAAUGAAAGAUUGUCAAUUGCUUUCUUCUAUAAUCCGAAGAGCGAUUUAUUGAUUCAACCAGCUCGAGAGUUAGUGACUCCAGAUCAACCGUCCAUGUAUGAUGUGAUGACUUUUGACCAGUACAGACUUUACAUUAGAACAAGAGGUCCUCAAGGAAAAUCUCAAGUGGAGUCACUAAAAUCUCCAAGAUGAUGUUAUAUAGAUGUAUGUAGUAAUAAUUAUGUGCAUGAUUGUAAAUCUUAUAAUAAUAUAUAAUCAUUAAAAAAAAUUGUGAGCCUGUGGUCAUUAAUGAUUAGUUCUUCAAUGAUAUAUAAUUAUGAUUUUAAUUUUA